GGGGUUUUACUCUGUUCUGGGAUCAAAUCCUUAUCUGAAAUGAUUGGAAUUUCCCACAGCGGGGGAGCUCAGAUCUCCAUUAGCCCUGAGAAAUCACUGGGAAGGACUUUGGAACAAGCACAGCCACACCGUCUCAAUCCUAAUCUUAUCUUCAUUUCUCAGCUGUGCGAGUUGGCAGGAGGAAAAAAACUUCCGUGUUCAUCUGGGAUUUGAUACGAAAGAGAAAGCAAAGGUGCAGGAUGUGAGCACAGCGCUGGCAUGACCUGGGCUGGGAAGCCCCCAGACCAUCAGCAAGAUCCCAGUGGCUGAUAGCUUGUCCUCUACCAAAGCUUUGGGCUGUAUGGACAAGCACACAGUGGUCAGUGAGCCCUGGAGGAAACAGUCCUUGGGGAGGCACUGCCUUUCUGCUCCGGUCUCCCAGGAGGCCAGUCUGGGUCAUCAGAUUAGCUGAUGCAUUGUGAAAGCUAUUAGCAAACACCGCGAUUUUUGGCCCAAGAGCCGAUGCUGCUGCAGAAAAGGAAGGGCUGCUUUUGCUUUCAGAGUGAACAAAGUGAGAUUUACAUGUAUCGGAGCUGCCGGUUGGGGUUGGAGAGAGCUCUGCAAACCUAUGGGCAGUGGGUGAGAGCCACAUGGAGAGCGGACAGCUUUUGCACCUUGAGCCAUUGCCAAGGAGCUGGAAAAAGCCGUCACCUCAUCGGGGAAUUCCAGCUGCUGUCCCAUUCCACAGCACGAGCAUUAUUCCUUCCCUGCCUGGCCCUUCCUCCGCCUCCUGCCUGUCGUCACAUGUGUAUGUGGAGGAGCUAAAUAGCAGCUGGAGUCAGGACUUCGUGCUCCUGGAAUGAGCUGCUGCAGCCGCGUCGCUGCAGAGGAUGCUGUAGGCAGCCAGGAGUGAAACUCAUCACCCAUCGUCCUUCUCCGCGUACCCCUCCUGCUGCCAACCACCAGAACAUGAGGGCUGCUUCUCUCCAGGUCCUGUUUGCACUGAGGGUCUUGUGCCUGGCUGCUAUGGCUGCAGGGCAACCCAAAGCACCUCUGAAGUGUUCAAAGUGGUGUGGCUCUUUCCACCGUGCCAUAGACGAGAAGCAGAUCAAGAGCUACCGUUGGACUGAACCCCAGUGCUCCAAGAAAGCCAUCAUAUUAACUACGAAGAAGCUCAGAGAAAUUUGUGCAAAUCCAAGUGAGAACUGGGUGAAGAAGGUCAUGAAGAAACUGGACCAGGAAAAGGCCCCGGCAGCAUCCCCACUUCCACAGCCUGACACUUCCCCUGCAGCAGCGGUACCCGAAGAGCCUGGCGUCUUCCACAAGCAAACUGCUCUCCAAGUACCAAGUCCACCUCCAGCCUCUGCAGCUUCAGAGAGAGCACCCGUUCCUGCUGCCAGCACAGAGGAGACCAGCAAACCCACCCCAGCCAUGCAGAACACCACGCACUUCCCUGCAUCUCCUGUGACAUCGGGAGCUGCUAUGCACUCUGGAGUCAUUUCAGAAGCAAACAGAGAGUCCUUAACAUCUGUGCACUCAACAGCUGACGCAGUGGGCAUGGCCCUUGGCCAAUCCAUCCCAUACCCCACAGCUCCUGUGCAUGGUUCUGAUGGCCAAGAAGAACCUGUAGGACAUACUACAGAUGGUGCUGGUGAUGUCCAAGGCACAACUUCUACCUCAGACUCGGAGCCUGCAUCCAUUCCCAAAGGACUGGACCAUCCUGGUCUUCAUACGAACGACCCCCUGGGCCCAGUCAGUACAAGAGGCAGCACAUCAGGCACUACUUCAAAGAGUUUUAGUUCAGCUCUCCCCUCCACCCUAAAGAGCACAGAGGUCAGCAUGGUCCCAUCCACACCAGAGGCUGCUCCAGCUCUUACUCAAAACCCCACAGCUGCCGUAGACAAAGGUCUUUACGUCCAUGUCAGCAAAAAUUUCAGUUCCUCUGCAUUUGGUACUGGGACAUCUGAUCAUUUAUUGCCCCUGGGAAAACAAGGCCCUCCAGAUACAUUAGUUUUCACCAGUCAGAUGUUCUCAGGCCAAGCCAGACCACAGGCUACAAGAAGCCCAAGUGACUCACCUGCGCUCAGCUCCUUGUCAGGGUCCCAAAUGCACUUUGUCCUCCCUGUUGCCCUGGCGGGUGGGCUGAUUGCUUGUGGUGUGGCAGCUGUAUGGCUAUACACUAAAUUCAGAAUCAGACCAGAAACAACAACAAGAGAAAUGGUGGAAGGUUUGCUCUACCUGAAAGAGGGACACCAAGACAACGUCUAUCGGAUGGAAGUGAUCUGAAUGCUGCAUGGCAGGGAUGUUUUUGGCCUAGAACAUGUGUAUGCUGCUGCAGGAAAGCUCUGUCUGCUGGCCUGGUGAGCAGUGCAGAGCAGUUCCUAAGAAAGCUGAGAACUUUGGACUGAGAGCAUCCAAAAAAUACAUAUAAAGCCUAAGUUCUCAUCGGCCAAUGGCAACGUUUUAGGAACAGACGGGCUGUUCCUUUCUCUGGCACUGUUCUGUAGAAAGGAUGUUGCUGUGCUGGGGCUGGUGCCAAGCAGUGGGCAGAAGAAACGUUGGGGAUUUUCCCACAUUUCAACAUCACCCAGUUGAGAAGCUUCGUGCCCACCCACUCACCCCCUCUGCUGGACUUGGGCUCUGCCACUGUGAGCAAAACCAACACCAAAGCACAGUCUGCACUUAGAAACUUCCAGUUGCUUCUUUUUUGGCACUUCAGUUCGCUGCUCUGUCGGACCUAAACUUGAUGCUGCCUCUCCUUGGGCUGGUUAAACACUCCAUUUAAUUGGGCAUUUAACAGCUAGAACCAGCAGAGCUCAUCCAGCCUUCAGACAUUAUAUGUAUAUACCUGUAUAUAGCAGCAAGCAAUGCAAGUGCUGUUAUAGCACCAAAGCAGGUUUUUUUAAAGCUAAAUUGUUUAUUUUCACACAUCUAGACGUUGCUGUGUGUGAGCUUUAUCUUUUAUCCAUGGCCAGCUCCUGAAAGCCCUCAUUUAACUUCUACUAUGCACAUCACCUGCUGGCCUUGCUGGUGGGGCACCACAGUGUGUGUAAUGCUGGGAACACUGGAAAACAUUGCACUGUGUCUGUUGUCUUGCUGGGCUUGGCUGUGCGUGUGAGCAGCGCCCCAUGCAGGCCCAGGCACUACAGCAAAUGGAUCUAUGCUUUGCCAUAGCCUUCCUCCUCCCAGACCAGCUGUGCUCAUCCCAUCCCUGCUCCUUGCCCAGGGCACAGUGCUGGCACACUGUCCUUGGGCAGGAUUUCACCUGUGACAGGGGCAGAUCCCAACCCAUGGGCAGGUGGGAGCCCUGCUGGUGGGGGACAGGCUCCAGGAGGGUCCUUAUGUUCUAUUGUGCAGUGACUGCUGUCAGCUCUGAUCUGUGUAUUGAGUCUGAAGGUAUGUGAAUAAGAUUUGUAUUGUAUUUUUGUAGUAGUAACGAUAAUAAAGUUCUUAAUGUUAAAAACCU